CUCUGUUUGAAAUUCACAUCCCGUACCCAAUGGAGUGAAGAGGUUCGCGAUGCAGACAAAAGAACCAAAACAUCGUUCUAAAUCAGGCUGUUUGACUUGUAGGGCUCGUAGAGUCAAAUGCGAUACCCGCUCUGGUGUAUGUGGCAAUUGCAGUCGGUUGCACGAAGUUUGCCGACGAGGAAACGGUCCAGUACAUACAGUUGAGUUAACUGCUGAAACAAUGUCAACUUUAACAAAAGCCGGAACCGUACGUCGACGUACCAUCAGAAGUUGCCUUGAGUGUCGAAAUCAAAAACGAAAAUGCAGUGGAGGUCGACCGGCUUGCAACCGGUGCGUUUACAACAAUUUGCUAUGCACCUACGCCAAUAGCUCUGGUCGCUCAUCGUCGAGCAUUGAAACUAGUAGUUCACUUGAUGAACCUAAUCCGUCAAGUAAUCAAGUUGACAUACAACAACAACCCAUUACCUCGCAGCCAACACGGCCCAAUCUUACGGACAGCGAAGUGCCUAGUAACAAUAGAACUAAAGUUCUAGUUACUUUAAAUGCCGACCAUGUCACGCAGAUUGGUAUUAAUUCACCUCGAAGAACACAAUCCUACCCAUCAAGUAAAGUCGUUUCUACUCACGCAAUAAGAGUUCCAAUUUCGUCGCCCAUUGAAAUACAAUUACCUGACAAGGUAUUGGUACGAAUGCUGGUAGAGAGAUUUUUCUCAGAGAUAUAUCCAUCUCGAAUGUUUGGUUUUCUUCACAAACCAACAUUCAUCUUUCGACUCGACGAAGGUCACGAAUCGACCGCUGAAGCAAAGACGUUAUUACUCACAAUAUGUGCUCUGGCAACAAAAAUAAACCAUGCCGAAUCGCCAGAGCUAUGGGAGAUGGGCAAUCAAUGGGCGAACCACGCACAUCAGCUUUUAAUGAUAUCUCCAAACUCAAUAUCCAUCAGCAAUCUAAUGUCCGUCAUUCUACUGCACGAACACGAAAAUCGAGUUGGCAAACUAAGUAAUUGCUUCUUAUUAACUGGCUUGGCAGCUCGCAUGUCUCAAGCGUUACAAAUCAAUCUAGAAUACGACUUUGAUGUCUUGUGUUCGGAGUCAACCAUGAACUGCACUGAGAAAGAAUGUCGAAGGCGACUGAUGUGGGCAUGCUAUCUUCUGGAUUCAUCGACGGCUUCCGGCGUCAAGCAAUUACAAUUGAUAGAUGAAAGCGAUAUCAAAAUUCAGCUUCCUUGUUCAGAAGACAACUUCUUGUUUGAACGACCCUGCAUAACUGAAACCGUGACACCAGGAGAAACGCUCAAGUUUGCCAAUAUAUUCGAUCAACCUAUCUCACCUACUAGUAAUAUGGAUUAUCGAGCAUACAUGAUUCGUAUUGUGUAUAUCCGCAAUAGGGUUCUGAAAUAUGUCAAGCGAUUCAUGGAGGAUGAAGAUCCAUGGCUUCCCACUUCCGAGUUUUCGCGCAUCCUUUCUGAUCUAAUGGCUUGGAAAAUGAGCUGUCCAUCGGACCUUGCUCUCACGCCUUCUGUUAUCUUUAUCCGAAAGGAACAAGGUCUGCUACUACCGCUAUUCUUAAUACAAAUUUUGUAUCAUCUAUGCUACUGCGACAUUUUCCGAAUAGUUAUGCCUGGCCUAUCCUAUCCAAAGACAUCCAGCAUAGAAGCUAUCCAAAUUGCUGCGCCGGUCGACUUUAUCAUCGAGAAACAAGAUGCGUGCUACCAGCAUGCGUGUGACAUAUCCAACAUUUUCCAAAACGCUCUUUACCAUUUGCCGGAAGAAGUUGGCGAUCCUAGUCUCGCAAUUGCAGCGCAUGAAGCAACACGGAUACAAAUUGUUUACACCACCGAUAUCGCUGCCGAUCGGAUUACAGACGAAAAGUUAGAUGCCACCGUAAAGCUCAUCGAGUAUAACGUCAUGUAUCUACAGGCUCUCACAAGGCGAAUCCCAGGCAUCGCAAAAAUUCUGGGAGCUGUAGAGAAGCUGAUCCAAAAAUCUCCCUUGUCCAUACCAAAUGUUAGUCCUAACCUCGCUAGUCGAGAAAGUUCACCUGAACCAACAGGAGGUAGUGCACCUCAAAUAUCUCCCGAUUACAAACUCCAUCCACUUUCCAACUUUUCCGCUAUGAGGGAGUCUAUACGUGAAAAGCAUGCUCCUCAAACAGCAAGAUAUGCAAGGUCGUCCUCCUCCUCAAGGUCACCGGCUGAAUCACUUUUAGACAUUUCUUUACUGUCGUCUAUGAUAUUUACCAGUACAGAAGACUGGCUUCUUGCCAACCAACAGGGUAUCUUGUUCUGAUGUAGCCCUUUUUGUGUUUUCUCCACUGAAAAAAAUAAUUCUGUACUUUGUGUAUGUAAUUGAUGUUAAUAAUUUAUUUUACUUUUAUUUUUGUUUAAAAAAACCCACCAACUUGAAGUUUGGUAAUUGUCGCUUAUCGGGUUUGUAUAAGCAUUCCAAUAGGAAGGACCAAAUUAACAAAUCAUUAUAUUAUCU